AUGAUGGAGCCGCGACCACCGACCGGAGCCAGUGAAAGCAGCCGUAGAAGCGGGCAGAGUGUUGGCAGCCGACAGAGCCGAAGAAGUGCCACCGUGAGUGUCCACUCCCGGGCAUCGGAGGUGGAUGUGAUGAGAGUUCCUCCAAGACACCGGCCCAUUCGAGAUGGAAGCUUCCUUCCUCAGGCUGGGUCUUUUACCGUGACUGGGCUGCCCGGCUACACUGGAUAUGUGCCUGGCAAAGUGGCCGAGAAUGUGUAUGGCUUGACUUUUCAGAACGCGAAUGAGCGUUCUGCUGCAGAGGCAAAGAUUCUGCGCAGCACUGGGCGUUUGCCCAUGUCCUAUGCAGGACGCACUUACGAUGGUCCUGCUCCUGGUGCUGAGAUUCCGGGCUACACUGGCUUCAUUCCUGGACGAUAUGCAGACAACGUCAUGGGAACCACAUUUGCGAAAGGCGCCGAACUCGCAUUCAUCGUCAAAAAUCAGCAAAUGGCAGAUCGACUUCAUCGAGUCCAGUGUUACCGGCAGGGAGAGAGACCCGUCAGCCGGUCGCGGUGA